AUGUCGCAGCCCACGAGCCCCGAGAUGCCCACGUCCGAUGCAGUGGCCAGCACUGGCCAAGGCCGCCGAUCGGUCCUUUACCAGCUCUAUACACAUUGCUGGUCUCAGAUCAUCUUGAUCAGCUUCAUCUGUUUCUGCUGCCCCGGAAUGUACAAUGCCCUCUCCGGCCUGGGAGGAUCCGGCCAGGUCAAUGAGACCGUCGCCGCUAACGCGACAGUCGCGCUGCUCGCUGCCACCGCAGGGACGGCGCUCUUCGUGGUUGGGCCCAUCUUCGACCGCGUCGGUCCGCGAGUGUGUCUGCUGCUGGGUGGAUGGACGUAUCCCCUGUAUUCGGGCAGUCUGCUCUGUUUCAACUCCACGAAAAAUGGAGCUUUUGUUAUUGCCGCCGGCGCCAUUCUCGGCGUAGGCGCGUCCUUCCUGUGGGUGGCACAGGGGGCCAUCAUGACAACCUACGUGCCCGAGUCGCAAAAAGGACGCGCGAUUGCGGUCUUCUGGGUCAUUUUCAACCUCGGCGGCGGCGUGGGUUCCCUCGCCAGCUUUGGCCUGAACUUCCACUCUACGAGCGGAACUGUAUCGGACGGGACAUAUAUUGCCCUGCUAAUCAUCAUGGCCAUUGGAUGGCUCCUGGGCGUGCUCAUCUGCCCACCCGCGGCCGUGCGACUUGAACAGCUGGAGGCAACACCCGAGAGCGAGAAGAAUUGGCGGCGCGUCGCGAAGCUUUCGGCGGAGACGCUGAGCGACUGGCGAGUGCUGUGCAUGCUGCCACUCUUCUUCUCGGCGAAUGUGUUCUACUCGUACCAGCAGAACGUUGUCAAUGGCUUGACUUUCAAUAUCCGCACGCGCUCGCUCAACGGUGCCCUGUACUGGUUGGCGCAGAUGCUCGGUGGACUGAUCAUCGGCCUCAUGCUGGACAUGCCGUGGCUCACGCGACCCAUGCGAGCCCGAGUUGGCUGGGCGUUUCUCUUCAUCACGGGCAUGGCCAUCUGGGGCGGCGGAUAUGCCUUCCAGAAGUGGUUCGACCACCGCACGGCGCUGGGGUUCCAGCAGGAUAUCGACUACACGGACAGCCACCAGUCCGUUGGCCCGAUCUUCCUCUACAUCUUCUAUGGCGCCUACGAUGCAUUCUGGCAGUCCUUCUGCUACUGGCUCAUGGGCACCCGAUCUAACUCGCCCGCCGUGGCGGCCAUUCUGGUCGGUGCAUACAAGACCUUCCAAGCUACCGGGGGCGCGAUGGCAUGGCGCAUCAACGCGCUGCAAAAGCCCGCUGUGACGCAGUUUGCCAUGGACUGGGGCUUGUGCAUGGGAUCGUUGGUCGUUGCGAUCCCGACGGUCUGGUCCGUCACGCUGACUAGCGACGCCGCUUCCACGGACGGUCAGGAUGUGCUGGACGCGACGGACAAGCCUCAGUCCGAGGGCAAGGUAUAA